AUGUAUGAAAAAAAACAUCAAGAGCACGUAAUAGAGAACGAAGCAACUAAUGUGGAAUCAUCUCAACAAAGGCGAGGUCGUGAGGACCAACGAGAUCCAGCUGCAUCCAAACCACAUGAGAGGUCUAAGGAUAUCAGACACGACUUUAAUUCACACCUUGCUCAGGUGGAGGAGACAAUGAAUGGUGUGGACGCUCAGAUAGAGGAUAUCUACCAAAAGGUUGAUGGACUCGAGGAUGACAUCACAAUCCCUUUAAUGAUUGGAGAUAUGAUGCUCCAACUGGAGGAAUCCUCAAGGGAUCAAAUGGUUAAGAUGCAGGAGGAUUUGAUGGGAAGCUCCAGGAGGUGCAUAUUACCCUCCGCUCAAGAUGAUGAUCUAGAGGAGAGAUCGCCAACUUGCUGGAGGAUAUUUUCUGCAACAACCGAAUUUGACUCCAAAGCAUUUCAGUCAAACGUUCGUAAAGAAGAAACUAGGAAACCUAUUCCACCAUGUGUGGUUUGCAGGGGAAGUGGAAGAGUUAACUGUCGCCACUGUCAAGGAAGAGGAAGGACCAACCUUGUAAACCUCAUCAUGCUUCCGAAAGGAGAAUGGCCAAGAUGGUGCAAAGUUUGUGGUGGAAGUGGACUUGACCAUUGCAACCGAUGCCUUGGGACGGGGGAAUACAGAGACAUCAUGGGAUUUCAUUUCAUGAAAAUGGACACCAACUCAAUGCAGCGUUAAAUAGAAAAAU